CGAGCGGCCAAGUCGUUCACCGCUGGCCGGAACGCGAUGGAGUCAGAGUACCAGUCGCACGGGGAGUACAUGCUCAGCUUCAUGCAGAAUCCGGCGAAGGCCGUGGCCAGUGGAGCAAUGAAGCAGCUGAAACUCCUCGGCGCCGCCGCAGGCCUGGUCGGCGGUGGCGUGUCCGAGGACGAGACGAAGAACUCGCCCACCCUGUCGAAACUGACAGACACUCUGUCCGUGGCCAGCGGUCUGAUGAAUCGCUGGCAGGCGGAGGACGGAGGGCAAGAGCCGGUUCGCAAGGUUGCGGAGGCCAUAGCGGUCGCACAGCAGCUGGCGCGGAUGAUACCCCGCCCGCCACUGAAGGAGCACUCGUCGAGCUGCGAUUCGACGCCCGUGAGCAACAAGUUCCUGGAGUUUUUGAGUUUUUUGGUUGAUAGGGUGAAGAAGGUCGAGCCAGGCGGCUUUCUGAUAGUCCCCGCUGCAUGGCUGCGUUCAUACGUCUCCGUGGAGACGCCGGAGGAAAACGACGACUGCGGAUGGGCCUGUGUUCUCGUCCUCGUCCGCGAGACGAGCAAGGACGAGUGGUCGGUGGCGAUCAUGAACACUGGCGAGGGAUCUCAAUACCAUCCUGUCAGUGCCUGGGGCACCGCCCCUAGCCCCAACAUCCCCGCGCGGCAGAAUCCCUUCGUCGUCGGCGGCGUUCCUCUGAAGAAGCUUUACGGUAGCGCCUUCUGGUACAUGCUGUUCCGGCAGUGCGUCUUCCCCAACGUUUCCAACGGGCCCGUGAUGACCUACGGCACCCUGCUGCCGUUCCUGAACUCCAGGCCGCUGAGCACGAACAUCGGGAAGGAGCCGAAAGAGUGGCUGUCGAAGGAGCCCCUCCCCUCCGGGGGCGACCGCUCCUUUGCGGUGUGCGUGGAGCGCUCGAUCAGGCUCGCCCUCACCCUGGCUGGGGCGAAGCCGGCGGACGCGGCCUGGAGCGCGGUGCGCCUUCGCCAGGGCCUCGUGGCGUCGAUCGGCAGCGCGCUGCAGAUGCCGGGCACCCGGCCGCCCUCCACCUCGGGGG